AUGCCCGUCGUUUGUCGCCACGUGGCGCCGCUCCUUCUGUGCGGUCUCGUGGCUCUGCUCUACCGCCACCCCGUCUCUUCCGAGCCACUGCACAGCGUGUCCUUCAAGCCUCCGUUCGAGCUCAUCAACGAGGGGAAUCGUCGCAUUGUCAACACCACGUGGUCGCACGGCGGCAGCGCGGAUGUGAAGAAGCACUUUGUGCGCCUCACGACCGACCGCCAGAGCAAACGCGGCUAUUUGUGGCAAAAAGAGCCCGUGCAGCACGACGAGUUGUCGGCUAUUCUGACGUUCCGCAUCUCUGGCCAAGGCAAGCGCUGGUUUGGCGACGGUAUCGGGCUCUGGGUUACCGAUCAAGCGGUCCAUGCUCCUGGCGUGAACCACGGGUUUACCGAUAAGUAUACCGGUAUUGGCAUCGUGAUUGACACGUUUGUCAACUCGGAGCACACGGGCGGACAUAAAGACAUUAGCGUCUUUGUGAACGACGGGACGAAGAGCUACGAUCAAAUGUACGAUGAGACGCGCGUUGGGUGCAAUGCAGCUGUGCGGUACCAUGAACAGAGUGCGAAGUUUAACCCGGCGCACAGUAUCUCACGGAUCAAAGUACGGAUCGACAAGACCCGAUUGAUUGUUGAAGUCGAUGAGCACGCUUCCGGUGUGUGGGUGGCUUGUCACGAGAUGACGCUGCCGCUCCGAGCUGAUUGGCUGCAAUCGUCCACGAUCGGCAUCACGGCGUCGACAGGGGCACUGGCUGAUAAUCACGAUAUCAUCCGCUUUGACGCGUACUCGGAGUUCCAGGACGCGAUGAUUGGAGCCGUGGACUCGGAAGCGGUGAUGAACUCGAUGUCGCAGGACUACAAGAGAUGGAUCGACUCGCCCCUGUGCGACACGAACUGUCUCGUGUCGCUCUUGCAAAAGGAGAUGUCGAACUUUCGCAUUGAUGCCGAGCACCGGUUCUCGGAUCUGAAAGAGAAGACGGAGAACACGGUCGCGAAGCUCAAGAAGCAAGAGGCAGAGAACGAGCGUCGCGUGCGCGAGAUCGAGCUCAAGGUACGCAAUGGCAUUGACACGUCGCUCGAGUAUACGAAGAAGGCGCUUGCGAACGAGGUGCAGGAAAAGAUCACGAAGCAAUUGGAGGAGAACCCGGACAUUGCCAGUGGCGGCUGGAAAACGCCAUUCGCGCUGCUGCUCAUCGGAUUGGCAGCUGGGGCUGCGUACGUGUACCGCAAGUACCAGUCUCUCAUGAAGUCGCACUUGCUAUAG